CUUAAAAGUAAGAGCAUUCUUAUUUCUGGGAUGGGAUGUAAGGUGGGAAAUGGGGAAGAUAUCUCGUUCUGGUUUGACCAUUGGGUAGGUGAUGGACCACUAUACGAGGACAUUGGUUCACCACUUCCGACAACUGCUAGCCACCUCAAAGUUGCUUAUUUCAUAAUGAACAAUGGCGGCUGGAAUGUUGACAAAUUCAUAAAUUUACUUCCAGAGGAUGUGAGGGUCAUGCCAAUUCCAAUGGCGAAAAUAAGGAGUGGAGAUGGAUUUGGAAGAUUUAGGUGGCAGGAAGGGUGAGAUGCUUUUUGUGGCUGGUGAUGAAAAAUAAAUUGCUUACGAAUGUGGAAAGGAAGAAGAGACAUAUCAUGGAGGAUGCAAGUUGUCCGAUAUGUCAUAAUGCGGAAGAAACAAUGAUUCACACUCUUAGAGAUUGUUCUUUCAUGGCUGCAGUUUGGAGGGAAAUUGGACUACAGACAAAUAAAAUGGGUGAGGAUAUCUUUAAUAGUUUUGAUUGGAUCUACAACCAAUGUCAUAGCUUUAGAGGUGCUUCGAGCAGAUCUCAGCAAAUUUCUACAUUUGCUUAUACGAUUUGGUUGAUCUGGAAGACACGUGAUGCGUGAAUAUUUUAGGGUAUUCAACCUUAUGUGCAGCGUAUUGUGAAGAAUGUUAAACUAUUAGUUGAAGAGUAUAUACAUGUUUGCUCUUGGAAGCUAAUGGAACAACGAAGAGUAGCUAAAAUUAUUAGAUGGAUUCCGCCAGAAACAGGUUAUUUAAAACUUAACUGUGAUGGUUCUUGUCGGGAUAGGGAUAAAGUGACCGGAGCUGGUGGUUUAAUACGAAACCAUAAAGGGGAAUGGAUGAGUGGUUUUAUGCUUAAUAUCGGAAAAAUUGAUAGCUUUAAGGCAAAAGUUAUGGGGCCUUAGACAUGGACUAUUGCUAGCCCGGGAACUAGAUCUCAAGAAGGUUAUUGGUGAAACGGAUUCAGAACGUAUUAUUCAGGUUAUCAAGAUUAAAGAUGGGUUGAAUGCUCAUAGUAUGGGAGUUCUUGUGCGGGAUUGUCAGAAACUCUUGGAUGAUGAGAGAUUUAUUAAUGUACAACAUACGUUUCGAGAAGGGAAUAAAUGUGCAGAUAUUUUGGCGAAUGCUUCGCAUGAAGCGUCAGAAAGUCUGAUCAUUUUUCAAGAGGCUCCUACUUGGAUGACACGCUCUCUCUGGGAGGAUGCAAAUGGAGUAGACUAUUAGAGUCUAAUUUUUAUUCUUUUCUUUUCCGAUGUAUAAAAAAAAGAUGGUGGUUGUGAUGAAAACUUCCAUACACAGUGCAAUGAUCUUGACAAUGGGUGAGAUAUAGGGAAUAAACAUAGAAGGUUGUUAAAGUUAGACUCUAGCAACCAUAUGAAAUUAUACUUGGUAGAG